CAAGCCCUCUCAAUUUUCCCGACCGAAAGGAACUGAAGAAAAGUGCGAGAAAGUGGAGAGAGAAAGUAAGAGAGAGAAUAACUGCAGCGCAAGCGAACUUGCCAAGACUUAGCUUCACAGCAAUUCUCCUCUGAUUCUUUUCUUUCUUGGGAAAGUGACUGAAACUGAAAGCCCUUGUGAUGGAGCGAGAGAGAAAUCAACGGUUUCUCGAAGAGGGGAUGUCUGAGGUGCCGAGAGAGACUCAGUUGUCAAUUGCAGCUUCGUCGAUGUUUCCAGGGUUUAGGUUUUCGCCGACUGAUGAGGAGUUGAUAUCUCAUUAUCUGAAGAAGAAGAUUCAAGGCUCUGAGAAAAGCGUUGAAGUUAUUGCUGAGGUUGAAAUCUGUAAAUACGAACCUUGGGACUUACCAGCCAAAUCUAUUAUUGAAUCGGAGAAUGAGUGGUUCUUCUUUUCUCCUCGUGGAAGGAAGUAUCCAAAUGGCUCUCAAAGUAAGAGGGCAACUGAAUAUGGUUACUGGAAAGCCACUGGGAAAGAGCGAAUUGUGAAGUCAGGUUCUACUUUGAUUGGUUCAAAACGAACUUUGGUGUUCCACAUAGGCCGUGCACCAAAAGGGGAGAGGACGGAAUGGAUAAUGCAUGAGUAUUGUAUGGAGGGGAAAUCUCAGGAUUCUCUGGUUGUUUGUCGGCUUCGAAAGAACACUGAAUUUCGAAUGAAUGGAUCUCAAAGGCGUUUGUCAACUAUGACUGGUCACAACCAUGCCAUCUCUGAAGUUAAUAUUGACCAGACAAAUUUGUCUGAAAGAGAGCAGGGAAUUGAAUCUAGUUCAAAUAAGUGUAGCAGCAGUUAUGAUUCUUAUUCUAUUGGGCAAGUUGAUUCUACAUCUGAAUGUGAUCAGAAACCAUCAAAUGAGUUUACACAGCCGGAGUCUUCACACCAGCAGGACUGUGACAGGGCAGAUGAUUGUUUUGCUGAAAUAAUGAACGAUGAUAUCAUAAAGCUCGAUGAAACUUUUCUAGCUGAUAAUCCUCAACUCCUAUUUAUGAUUGCUGAUAAAACUGAGCUAGAGAGAGAAUCUGAACCACCAGAACCAGUUGACACAACUCAGGUACUUCCUUUUCAGGGGACAGCAAAUAGAAGAAUCAGAUUGAAGAAGCAAGGUCCAAGAAGGAUAAGUUACCCGGCAGAGUAUAUGAGCAUUGAGCCACCAAAAUAUCUAAUGAAGUCCCUGGUUAAUCGGCUCAUAUAUUUGCUUGUGAUUAUCCUGACAUUGUUGGUUUUGUUUUCGUCGUUGGGAGGAUCAGGAUGGGUUAAAAAGGUCAUACACACCACCAUGUACCAUGACUUUUGACUCUAAACGUUAAUACUAGAUGUGUAUGCUUUCUUUUCUCUCUA